CCAGGCCGCCCGUGACGCACUACGCCAGCGCCGCCGCCCCGCCCCCGUGACGUCACUACGCCGGCGCCGCCGCCGCCGCCGCCGUCGCCGUCGUUGCACGAGUCUUUCCUUAGUAACCUGGGCGAUAGCUGUGGAUGUUCCCAAGGAUUGUCUUCAGUCAUGGCCUUGGGAUUAAAGUGCUUCCGCAUGGCCCACCCUGCCUUUCGCAAUUACCUCGCAGCGUUGACCAGACCUAUUUCAGAAGUUACACUGAAGACAGUGUGUGAAAGACAACACGAGCAUAGGCAAUAUAUAGGCUUUUCAGCUGUCCCAAUCCGCCAUUUUGCUACCAAGAAAGCCAAAGCCAAGGGGAAAGGACAGUCACAAGCCAGAGUGAAUAUUAACGCUGCCUUGGUUGAGGAUAUAAUCAACUUGGAUGAAGUGGAUGAAGAAAUGAAGUCUGUAACGGAAGUACUCAAGGAUAAUUUCAAUAAGACUCUCAACAUAAGGACCUCACCAGGAUCCCUUGAUCAUAUUACUGUGGUAACUGCUGAUGGGAAGCUUGCUUUAAAUCAGAUAAGCCAGAUCUCCAUGAAGUCGCCACAGCUGAUUUUGGUGAAUAUGGCCAGCUUCCCAGAGUGUACAGCUGCAGCUAUCAAGGCUAUAAGAGAAAGUGGAAUGAAUCUGAACCCAGAAGUGGAAGGGACUUUAAUUCGGGUACCCAUUCCCAAAGUAACCAGGGAGCACAGGGAAAUGCUGGUGAAACUGGCCAAACAGCACACCAACAAGGCCAAAGACUCUUUACGGAGGGUUCGCACCAAUGCAAUGAAUAAGCUGAAGAAGUCAAAGGACAAGACCUCAGAGGAUAUCAUUAGGCUCAUAGAGAAACAGAUCAGCCAAAUGGCCGAUGACACAGUUGCAGAGCUGGACAGGCAUCUGGCAGUGAAGACCAAAGAACUCCUUGGCUGAGAGUCCAUCAGGGACCAGCAACACUCCAGAGCGUGGAGUGGAUCCCGUGGGGGAGCAAAUUGGCAUCCCCAGGCCCCAUCCACACAGAAGGCUAUGACCAUGCAAUCAGUCCUUGUGAGCCCAGCCUUCCAGUGGAACACUCAGACUUCUUCAUUCUCUUCCCCCUACCGCUGGCCCCACCCCAUUCUGCCCUGGGCCUUUGGCGUGGAUGGCCCUCAGAGAAUAUCUGCGGCUGGCAGAGGGCCUUUACUUGGGCAUUUGGCUUGACCGUGAUGUCACCAAGGGACUGGGACCAUUGGCAGGCUUAGUACUGCCUGCUCCUCAUGUCAGGAGCCUCCUUUUCAUUUAGGCCCUGUCCCCAGUCUUGAACUCUGCUUGAACUGAUGUGGGCCUUCACCUGUGACUGGACAUCUUUGCCAGAGGCCCAUUUUCACCAAACAGUAAAAUCUAAAUAAAUUGAAAAGAAUACCAGCCACAAAAGGAGGGACAGAAUUGGUCUGGAUUGAUCUCUGAAGACCUGCAUAUGAAGCAACCAGAACAGUACUUUUGCCUCAGGGUCACCCUCACGCAUGUGCUUUUCUCUGCCUGGCCCACUCUUCCACUCCUCACCUGUUCACCUCCAGGUUUCAGCUUGGAUAUUAUGUCCUUUGGGAGGUCUUCCUGUCCCACCUCAUGUAGGACCCCGGAUACCGCCUCUCAUAGCACAGUCUACUGCUUUCAUCUUAACCCUAAGUAUUCUUUCUGCUCAUUAGUCUGUAUAUCCUCAGAACUCAGCGUAAUGCCUGGAGCAUAGUAGGCAUUCUUAUGUUUGU